UACUUUAUUUUAAUUUGUUUUUGUAAAUUUAUUUCUAACCCGAACCAAACCCUAAAUAAACCCCACCAUCCAGCCUUGCCACCUCUACUGCAUGUCCCUUUUUGUUUUCUCUCUCUUUCAGUUUUCGUCCUUAAAUUCCAAAUCUUCUUCUUUAAUCUAUGACAGUUGAAGCUUCGCAUCUCGACCUCUUCUCUCCUCAAUUCUUAGCUACCAGGUUUGAUUUUAAGGUCGAAACCCAUUGCUCAGAAUAUUCAGAUUCAAAUAACCCUUUAACGUCUCUUGCAUUUUCCAGGGAAUUGAUGAAUCCCAUUGAAGCAAACUGGAAUAUGUUUGAAACCCAGAUGGGAUAUGGAGUUCCAUUAUCAACGACGGCGGCAACACAAGGAUUGCUUCCUUUGUAUAACUCUUUGGUUACCGAUCAAAAGACUGUUGCACCGGCGAUCAAAUCGGAGAGUACUUUGACGUGCAACAAUCGUCCAUUGAAGCGUUCUAGAGACUCGUUUCAACGGCGACUUCAUAACAUCAACGAUAUUUCCUUUCAUAUGGAGCAGCAACAGUUUGAUAUUGAUCGCCUUAUCUCUCAACAUAUGGAGGAAAUGAGGACGGAAAUAGAAGAGAAAAGGAAGUGGCAGGCGCAGAAAAUAAUGGAAGCCAUUGAAGAAAGAGUAACGAAGAAACUAAGAGGCAAAGAUGAGGAAAUCGAGAAAAUUGAGAAAUUAAAUUGGGCGCUUGAAGAAAGGGUGAAUUCACUUUGCAUAGAGAACCAAAUAUGGCGAGACUUGGCUCAAACCAAUGAGGCCACCGCCACCGCCCUCCGGUCUAACCUAGAACAAGUCCUUGCAGCGGCGGCGCAGCAGGUCAAGGUCGGCGAGAGAAACCCUUGCGUCGGAUUAGAAACGACUGCCAUGGCGGAUGAGGUUGACGAUGCGCAAUCAUAUUGCGACAGCAGUUGGGAGGUGGAGAAAUGCACGUUCUUGGGAGCGGCGGGUUCCGGCAAGAAGAAUGGAGACGGCGGCACGCUAUGCCGGAACUGUGGGGAGGAGGAAUCCUGUGUGUUGCUGUUACCGUGCAGGCAUUUGUGCUUGUGUACCGUUUGUGGGUAUCGCCUUCACAUUUGUCCGAUUUGUGAAUCUCCAAAAAACGCAAUCCUUCAUAUUAAAAUGUCGUAAAAAAACGAUACA